UUAGAAGUCAGCCUUCUGCAAGUUCCGUGUGUGUUGCGGAAAAUACCCUUUUUGGGCGUCCGACCACAUGUGUGAAUUGUGAACAAAAUAUGGUUUUUGAGUGAUUUUCGGUUCUGAAAGACCUGUACAGUGGUGAAAUAUACUUCCGUUUGUUACGAAAACGACUACUUGUGUUCUAGUGCUUGAAAAAGUUGGAACAAAUCGACGGAAGUGAAUUUUUUCGAUGUAAAUACGAUCGGUCCAGGGUCAUCCUGGUGAGCAUUACGAUUUGUGCGCACAUAUCUCAGUGACCGAGUUUUUAUUGGAUAGAUUAGUGAUACAGAUUUGUCCUUCAAUAUAUCGGGAAAGUUUUUCGAUUGCUAGUUUCGUUGCAAGCAUGUGUUGAGGUUCCAUGGCGUCGCGCUCGUGAUCGUCGGUUGGCGCGGAGCGCGCGCCUGCACUUACAUAACUUAGCAGUGGUAUGGCCACACAGGUCUCCGUCGAGGGAAGCGGACCCUCGUAUGCGUCAGUUUUAAAUUUCGGUGGUGCGGAGAGUAACAAAGAAAACAUUGAGUCCACGGAGGUCGUGGAAACUCCUCCUCGACAUGAAGACGAGGGGGAGGAAGGUUUUGUGCCUGUGGUUUCGCAUACGAGAAGGCCAGCGAAGAGCCGCAGAGAACGGGAGCGUAGGGCGGCUCCUCGGGCUCACAACAAGGCGUCGCAGUCACAUUCAGAGCCCCAGCCAACUCCUGAGCAGCAGCAACAAUCAACAGAUCCUCAACCUAAGAAAUUUGUCGAAGCUCCAAUACCCAAAGUUAACCCUUGGCAGGUUCGUGGCGGCAGUACCGGUGUGCCUCCGCCAGCGCCGCCCGCCCAUGAUACGGAGAAGAGAUCGCCUCUACUGCCGCAGCAUCAGCAACAACCUAGACCUGCACCAGUGCCGGUUGUAGCACCAGUUCCAGAACCGCCACCGCCAGUUGUAGUGAAACCUAUAGUGGUAAAAGCAGCGAAGAAUGUCAAAAUCAAUCAAAAGGCAUCGGAUUUCACGGAUAUAGGCGAUUGGCCGACGCUAGGCGCUGCUGUGGCCGCACGGUGUCAUUCAACACCGCCGCCGCACGAUGACCCCGCGCACCAUAAUGGCAAUGCGGACCAAGAGAGGAAUCCUCCAGAAGAACAGCCCAAGCCAGAAAAGGUGGAGCAACAGAAUCACACCGAUAAACACGCGCAUAGCGAGAAGAUUAAGAAUACUGGUGGGAGAGGCGGUAAUAAGUCGGGCAAGCAUAAAUGGGUGCCGUUAGAUAUUGAUGUGAAGGCUGCCCGUCCGGGCAAGCAUGCUGCUCAGCAUAAUGCCAGACAGGAUAACGAUACAGUGUCGCUUAAUGGGGAAGACAGACAGAGGGGUGCUACACGCGGUAGGGGUGCAGUGAGGGGCGCAAGGGGGGUGAGGCGGCCAGGGCCCCGUCCUGCCUCCGUUCACUCGCAUCCGCAUCCGCUGUACCAUCAUCCGGAUUAUCCGCAUCACGAUUUGGCACAGCUCCGAGUUGCUCAGCCGGCGAUGCCUCAGGGUCUCGUGCUGCACUAUGGGAUCGGGGCCCUAGGGCCUCCCGGGGCCCUCACCCCUGGAGCCAUCGCUCCCGGGGGGCUGACGCCAGGAGCCCUCACAUCGGCUAUGGCGCCUCCGUUAGCCCAGGCGUACUACUUUGGUGCUGCGGCGGCGAAUACAGCUCCCUUCGGAAUUGGAUUGGACCAAGUCACGCUGAAAGAUCUCAUUAAAAAACAGAUCGAGUACUACUUCAGUCCGGACAACUUAGCGCGCGAUUUCUUCCUCCGUCGCAAGAUGUCGUCCGACGGCACAAUUCCCGUGACGUUGAUCGCGUCGUUCCACCGCGUACGCGCGCUCACAGCCGACGUACAACUGGUGCUUGAUGCUAUACGGGAUUCUGAUAAGCUGGAACUCAUACAAGGAUUUAAGGUGCGAACAGCUAUCGAGCCCAUGAAAUGGGUGUUAGCUGACAUCGCGUUGGGUGCAAAUGGUGAAGAGAAAACGGAGAAAACUGAAGACACGGACAAAUCCCAGAAAACCGAAACUAUUGAUAAAACAGACAUAGACAAGCAAUCUGAGGAUAAAGAAGAGAAAACUGAGAGUUUGGAUAAAGAGAGUUCUGAUAAGGAGACAGUCGAUGUUAAAGAUAAACCGGAGGAGGAUUUUCGCGGAGAGCGGAUAGAAGACCCGCCGAGGAUAGAUAGUGAAGAUGUUAUGCUGAAAACAAUUCCUGAAAGCGCCCGGCAAUCCGCUAACGAAUCAAACGAAAUUAAAGAUGAAGUGAAAAGUGAAGUGAAGGAGGCUAGUGAUAACGAUGUGGAUGAGGCAGUGAAAACUGAUGAAGCCCAAAAGGAGUCCAAUGAUGACCCCCCGCUACAGUCUGAUGGGUCUGAGAAGCCUGGGGAGAAACGCCGUAAGAAGCAAAUGGUGGGAAUAUUCCCGUUGGCGACUAUGGGUGGUCCCCUGGUGGCGCCCGUUUCAAGUUUGUUGCGAUGCGUUCCGCCGCCGCCAUUGCCCAGAAUGUUCCGGAGCAGUCGUGGCCCGGGUUCCAUAUCGCCUCUUGCUCGGGAAAACUUAAACCCGGAUGUACCAGAGUUUGUCCCGCAGGCUGUGAGACAACAGGAGCCAAUUGAAAAAGGAGUAACGGAGCAGGAAAUCAGCCCAAACAAUGAAAGGGCUGAUCCUAAUGUUUGGACAGAGGUGAAACGUCGCACAAAAGCCGGGUCCCGUGAGCGAGGAAACGCACGAGAGGAACCCGAGGAGCCUCGCGAAGAGCUGCACUUCCAGCUGGAUGAAGAGCUGGAUUUGCCCCCGCCGAGGCAUAACACCUUCACUGAUGCCUGGUCUGACGAUGAAUCGGAAUCCGAGUUCACAGACGGGGACAUAGGUCGGCUGCUCAUCGUUACCCAGACGACUACCAGGGCGCCUAAACAUGACGGAUACGACCGCCAAGGCGAUUGGUCCACUCGCACUAAGAUCACUCAAGACUUGGAGCAGGUGAUCACAGAUGGACUCCGACGCUAUGAAGAAGAUUUGUGGGGGGAAUUUUCUAUGUGUAACAGCGGUGGCAGUCAGUACCGCACCGUGUCCUUGAUCAGUCGCGAGCAGUUUGAAGCCACUGUUCCUUCUGAGAAACACAGCAAUCCCGCGGAGCCUCCGCCACCACCGCCCCAUCAAACGCAACAGAUGGAGCCCCAAAACGAUGCGGGCAAGAUGAAGCGGCCAAGACGUACGGCGCGCUUCUACGCCGCCAGCAAGGACCCGCACGCCACUGACGUCAUAAGCAGCCGCAAACACAAGACGCGGCACAGCCUCAACCCUCCAGUGGAGCAUCACAUCGGAUGGGUCAUGGACAUCCGUGAGCAUAGGAGACAUCAUAGGGAUAGCGGGUCUUCACUCGGCACUUCGCCGACACUAGGCUCGUCAUGCGGCUCCGCUCCUCAAUCGCUGCCUGCCUUCCAUCACCCGUCGCACGGAUUGCUUCGAGAGAACCACUUCACACAACAGGCCUAUCACAAAUAUCACUCACGGUGCCUUAAAGAACGCAAGAAGCUCGGAAGCGGCCAGUCGCAAGAGAUGAACACACUCUUCCGUUUCUGGUCCUUCUUCCUUCGGGACCACUUUAACAGGACCAUGUACAACGAAUUCAGAGCGUUGGCGAAUGAAGACGCCGGUGCUGGCUUCCGUUACGGCCUCGAAUGCCUUUUCCGUUUCUACUCUUACGGACUCGAGCGCAAAUUCCGUCCGGAAUUGUACCAGGACUUCCAAACUGAAACUAUGAAGGACUAUGAGAAUGGUGGUCAAUUGUAUGGAUUAGAAAAGUUCUGGGCGUUCCUGAAAUACUACAAACAUGCUGCAGCACUUCAAGUCGAGCCUAAACUCAAAGGAUACCUCGCCAACUUCAACACCAUCGAGGACUUCAGGGUGCUUGAGCCCCAAUUAAACGAACUAUUGGGUGCGCAAGGCCCCAAUGCACCAGGCCGCGGACCCCACGCCCGGCCAUACGACAGACACAGAUCUGUGUCUGAAAGCGAUAGGCCACACCAUCAGCACCACAGGAACUAUUUCAAAGCUCCAAACACAUCUGGCAACAACGAACGCGGCCGGGCAGGCUCUUGCGGCGCACAGAGCGUUGUCGCUAUCAACAGGACUAGGCGUAGCACCAAAAUCAAAACCGGAUCAAGAAAUGAAGCAGCCGGUCGCGGCGCGUACGCAGUGAUGCGUGCAGACGAACGUACAUAACGUGUAUAUACAUAGACUGAGCCGUUCGUAUAAUUAUAGGACAUUGCAUUUUUAUAUAAAUAAAACUAAAAAAAAAAUUCAAAAAAUCUUAUGGACCCAAAGUGUUGAACGCUAGUGUUAAGUGUAUGUAAUCGGUUCUCGACGGUACGGACCGGUCGAAUCCGGUUAUCACCGGUUUUACUUCGGUCACGAUGCGACCUCGCGGUUUUCUGGGAUUGCAGGCUGUGUGUGAAUGAAGCAUAGCUUGUAAACGCAUCGACAAUAAGGCUACGCGUUGCACGCAUUCAGUAGCUAUAGUUAUAUUACAAACUAUAUUUAUAUAUAUUUUUGACAUUGUUAAUAUACAUUGAUUUCAAUAAUAGCAUCUUAGUGUACUACUGCCUGUGCGCAUAUCUAGAUUAAUCCAAAUAAAUCGUUAAAACUUCUUUGGCUAAGUAGGCGUUGAUGCGGAAUAAGGCAGUAGCUUUUGGUAGUUAAGUGGCAACACUGUGGUGCUGUCGUGUCUAUGGGCGAUGGCGGGCGAUUUUGACAGAUUGUCAAUUUUACUAGGCUCUCAAAUGACAGUGAAGUGACACUAACUCACGCCUGUCAUCGUGAUCUAUUCCAUACAAAUUUCAUGAGUGAUUGCUACCUAGGACUGGGUGCCGUCAGGGGGGCAUUAUAAUUUCUUCUUUAUUUAAUUAACUUCGCAGAAAUAGGAUCUAUCCUUUUUGUCAUUCGACAAAGAAGUGUUAGUUCCAUUUUUUCAAUUGCCUACUUGACCUAUAGUUUUUGGAUACUUAACUUUCUAUAUUAAUUAAAUAAAAAAAGCUGUUUGGGAAAUGAUCGUUAUAAUCGCUCGCGGUUGUCCUAAGACCGGUAUCUGUUGUACAGUUGAGUUUCAUGUGGGUCUAGCGGGAAUAUAAAAUAAAGUUCACUAUAAUCUAUCUGUAUACUGUUAAACAUAACCGAUAUUAAGUUUAUAUUGAUUACACGUGCCUCUAAUAAUUCUCCGCUAGCCCCGAACUAUAUGGCCCCGGAAAAUCUGUCGGAAAGACUGGCUAUUAUGCUAUUUAGACGAAAUUUGUAAAAAGUAAUUUUCGGUAGUGCUAGUUUUCGAUGUUAAUUUUCAAGGAUGGUUUGGAGCGUUAACGAUACGAUAUAAUAAAUAUUAGAUUGCUUACUAAAUAUAGAUAACUGCUAAACGUGAGAAGUCGCUCCUUCUUGAAACUGCCAAUUUGUUCACGACACAAAAGCAUAUGGGUUUUAUUUUGUUUUAAGGUUGCAUGCACGUAAUGGGCCACUCGCGGGGAUGUAUGUUGUCCCAUUAAAAAUCUUUCUCAUCAAGUCGGCUUUAUAGAUAGUUUUAAAUCGUUUAACAAAAUAAAUAGCUCCAUAUAACGACACUAUCGCAUUAUUGCGUUUAACUUGCUGUCGAGUACAUAUUUUAUUCACAUAAUCUGCCAAUAAAGGCGGAAUGUCAAUCUUCAACUGUCAAACAGCAUGACUGUUGACAGUCAAAGGUCUCAACAUCCCUGCGACGACGUACAUUUCGUUUUUUUGUAUCGUGAGUUUCGCAUAGAUUAAGUAUAGACAUGUAUUGAUCACGUUCAGUUUUUAUGACGCGUCUGUGUUAAAUAGCGGAUUCGAAUUAGCACAAAUUUUUCAUCCUUGAAGCUGACAGCUGACAUUGACAGCUUAACAGUUAAAUCGUAAAUUUGACAUUCUCGUAUAUCGCCUAUGCACUAAAACGCACUGAAACUAAUUCUCAUGAAUUUACAAAUCUUGUGAUUUUAAUGCAGACGUGUCAAAAAAAUAGAGUUGCACUAACUUGCUCAAUAUGGUUUUUUAUUCGGAUGUUAAGUUGACAAAUGAAUUUUUCAAUUAGAGAGACGAAUUUCCUCUAAAAGAUCACCGCGUUUAACAUGUAAAAAUUCAAUGAAGUUGAACAAAAUCCUCUUCCUUCUUGAUUAAUUCAUGGCUAAAUAAUCUUAUGUAUAUUACACUAAUAUAAACAAAGUUAAGGGUGUGACGAUUAUUUUUUCUUUUUUUUCUAGUGUAUAAGGAUGCUUUUUUAUUAAUAUUAAGAGCUAAGGAUUCAUUGGAUUUCGGUGAUAUCAAUUUGCUGUUAAAAUUAGUUUACACAACCCCAUAACUCUGAAUAUAACGAUGAAUUAAAAGUUUCUCUAUGGUUUUUGAUUUCUUUUCAUGUCAUACGUCAAAUUGAGUGUCACCGGCGCCAAAAAUCUCGUAAGCUAAGUACGCGGUUGCCAUACAAAAAAAAUUUAAUCUCCGUUACCAAGAACCCGGCGCCGCGUGCUUUAUUGUAAUUUUUAGUUCGCUUUGGUCGCUUCUAUCAUGUUAAACAUAGUUCCUAAUAUAUUUUAAAACCGUUAGCAUUUUUAUUUUUACAAUUCAACACAGAAAUCGUUAUAAUGUAUGUUUAGAUUGUAUCAUUGACAUCACGUCUUAUUUUAAUAUUCAUAAAAAUAACGAAUUUAGAGGCCUACCUAAUAAUCUGCUUAGCAAGGCUUAUACUUUUAAAUAUAGGAAUCCCUCACGUAUAGUAAAUAAAUAUUUAUUUUCUGUAUCCCUUUAAAUUCGAGAAUCUAUGGGGCUGGGAGUUUUCUGUCAUUUAUUGUCUAUGGCAAGGCAAAUUGUGUCGGUUGCGACGAUUUCUGUGUUGUAAAAAAAAAAUUAUACCGUCCCCAUAUUAAGCGGGAGUUUCGGAAGCGAUCGAGGUGUUGUGGUAUAGUUUUAAAAUUGAUAUCUCGUUAAGUGGCAAAAUAUCCAAGUUUGAUUAAUAAAACGCUAUACGGUGUCAAAUUUGUAGGUUAUGAGGGCUUAAGAAUGGCUGUUACUACACAAAUGUUUGUUUUACGCUGUGCAAUAGAUACAAAAGAAGGUUUUUAGUAUGUAUCGAAGUGCGCAAGUAGAUAUUCACACGAGCAAUAGAAAAUAAUUGAUAAUGUCUGACUCUAACACGGAGAUUUUAAAACUAUACUGCAACAAUAUGAUUUGUUAAGUUUUUAAGUUAGUAGGUAUUUUGUUGCAAUUUCUUUCGAAAGAACGCCAAAGGAGACGAUGAUAAAAAAAACUUAAAAUUUAGGAUUAUUGUAUAAAUGAAAAUACAAAAAAAUGCUGUUAUAAGUGGUGUAAAUUAACUUUUCCAGUGAAAAUUUGUUAAGUUAAAUUUGUUUGAUUUUAAUUUGCUAAACGGUUGUUUGUAUAAUACUGAUAGUAGGUCAAAAUUAAUGAGUUUCUAUAUUUUACUUGUGACGUAAUAUUACACCCUGAUGUGCUUUACAAUGCAUAACGAUUCGUUGUUAUUAAAAUAUAGAAACUGGUUUUAGUCGGUAAUCUAGUGUACUUGAGAAUUAAGAAAUUUAAAUAAGAUCGCUGAUCGCUAGUUGAGGUUGGGUUCAUAUUAUCUUGUCAAAUUGAGGUGUACUUUUUUUUUUCAAAAUUAAAUCCUCUUAAUAAACGCAUCCCGACUGGCAUGUAGAAGGCUGUAAGUUAUACAUAAUAUACAUAUUAUUAUAUUGAUAAAUAAAUUAAUAAGAAAACUAA